AUGCUCGUCGCCUCCAAGAUUCUUGCUGCUUUCGUGCUCGGUGCGACCCUCGCCGUGGCCAUUCCCGCCUGCUUGCUCAACGACAACGACGUCGCCUGCAAGGUGGACUCUGACUGCCCCACGGCCGGAGACAACUGCUGUCUUCUCUCUGACACUAACUACACAUCCGGAUUCUGCGUUGGCUCAUACUGCUGCCUUGGUAGCGUAGAAGGCCAGCCCGGUACUUGCAAUAUCGAAGGUGUCAGCGGGAUGUGCGACAACCCCUUUAUCUGCCCCCCUGGCGAAAUCUGCCUCUAG